AUGCAUAUCACACAGAAGAUGGCUGCGGCCCAUUCCAAGGGCCAGCAGACCUUCUCCUUCGAGUACUUCCCACCCAAAACCGCCCAGGGUGUCCAGAACCUCUACGAUCGUAUGGACAUGAUGCACGGUCUUGGCCCAGCUUUCAUCGAUGUCACCUGGGGCGCUGGAGGACGGCAUUCAACUCUGACCUGUGACAUGGUCAAGACGGCUCAGGCAGUGUAUGGGCUGGAGACUUGCAUGCAUCUCACCUGCACCGACAUGGAACGCAGCAAGAUCGAUGAUGCGUUGAAAGAGGCAUAUAACGCUGGGUGCACAAACAUCUUGGCUCUACGAGGCGAUCCACCCAGAGAGCAGGAAAAGUGGGAACAAACAGAAGGCGGCUUUCGUUAUGCACGAGACCUAAUUCACUACAUCAAGAAGACCUAUGGCGAUCAUUUCGACAUUGGAAUUGCUGGAUAUCCUGAGGGACCUGACGAGACGACCAACGCGGACGAGCACAUUGUCUACUUGAAGGAGAAGGUAGACGCUGGAGGCACUUUCAUCGUCACUCAGAUGUGCUACGAUGUCGACAUCUUCAUCGAUUGGGUCAAGAAGGUUCGUGCUGCUGGUGUGCCUGAGUCGGUACCUAUCAUUCCUGGAAUCAUGCCCAUCUCCACUCACGCGGCACUGAUCCGUCGAGCAACUUGGAGCCAGUGCAGGAUUCCACCACAAUGGCACGAAGUGUUGGAGCCAAUCAAGAAUGAUGAUGCAGCCGUACGAGACGUUGGAAGAGAUCUUAUUGUCGAGUUCUGCCAAAGAUUGCUUGACUUUGGCAUCAUGCAUUUACAUUUCUACACGAUGAACCUGGCGUCUGCAUGCAAGAUGGUGUUAGAGAAGCUGGACAUGGUUCCAUCGGCAGGCAGCCCGAACCCGGACCUCAAGCCACUGCCAUGGCGACAAUCGCUCGGUCUCAACAGGCGAGACGAGAAUGUACGCCCAAUUUUCUGGAGGAACCGAAACCGUGCAUACGUUCAGCGAACUCAAGAAUGGGACGAGUUCCCCAACGGCCGCUGGGGAGACAGCAGAUCGCCUGCAUUCGGUGGCUUGGACGAAUAUGGUAUUGGCUUGAAGGGAACCAACGAGCACAACCGCAAGCUGUGGGGAGAGCCCAAGUCUCUCAAGGAGAUCUCGGAUCUUUUCGUUGGUUUCAUGCGCGGGAAGGUCGAGUCUCUGCCUUGGUCAGAAGCACCCAUCAACGAGGAGGCCAACGUGCUUGUCAACGACCUUGUCGACCUGAACAGCCGCGGUAUCUUCACAAUCAACUCGCAGCCAGCUGUUGAUGGAGCCAAGUCCAACCACCCAAUCUAUGGCUGGGGUCCACCAAACGGUUACGUGUACCAAAAGCAGUACUUGGAAGUCCUGGUAUCGCCGGACCUCAUCGACACGGUCGUUGAAAGGAUGAACAAGGAUGAGGACAUCACCUACUACGCUGUCAACUCGAGUGGUGAGUUGAAGACGAACGCUGGGCAAGAAGGUGGACCAAACGCCGUGACUUGGGGUGUAUUCCCUGGCAAAGAGAUUGUGCAGCCAACUAUCGUCGAAACUGUGUCAUUCCUGGCCUGGAGAGACGAGUUCUACCAUCUCGGCGCCGAAUGGAGCAAGUGUUACGAUGAGAACAGCGAAAGCCGGAAGUUGAUCAGGGAUAUCACGCAGAACUGGUACCUCGUCAACAUCGUCCACAACGAUUUCCGUCAGGAUCAAGGCAUCUUCCCACUUUUCAAGGGUUUGAAAGCACCUGGAUUCGACGGCGAACCCCUUACCAACGGAUACCACCAUGAGACCAACGGCAAGCCCCAAGUGAACGGCCUGCCCAAUGGCGACCACCAAGCGACCUCCAACAGCUCGCUGAAGAACUAG